CUCGGUUUCACCUCACAGGCUGAACACGGACUCUUCACAGAAUGGGUCCUGAUGACAUCACAUCCUCUCCUAUCAGUUACGCUGCCUAAAAAGUUAAGAGACAAAGAUCAGCCGCGCUGCGCUGCACCGCCCCGAGGACGAUGGCCGCGUCUCCUGCACUGCUCCUCCUGCUCAGCCUCACGCUCUGCUGCACCGGCACCCAGGGAAAUCGGGACACAGUGGUGGCCAGGUUCCUUAACAAGAAUAUGAAGCACCCCAAGGAGGGACAGCGGCUGGAGCUGGAGUGCGUGAAUUAUGACAGGGACAGUGGUGUCUCCUGGAUCCACCUGGACAAGGCUGGGAUCCUUCACUUCAUUGCUUAUACUUCCACGUACUCCCGGACCACCUUCUUGGGGAAUGAGAGAACAUCUUCAAGAUUUGAAGGGUCAAAACAAGGCAAUUCCUAUCGGCUGGUGGUGAAGUCCUUCAGGGAACAGGACCAGGGGACCUAUUUCUGCGUCACCAACAUCUACAUGGAGCUGCACUUCAGCUCUGGACAACCCGCCUUCUUCCAAGGUCAGCAACACCUUCACCCACCUCGCUUACACACACCACCCCUGCCCGUGCCUUUUCAAUCCAUCCCAUCGCCAACACUCCCCAUCUCCCUACUUCUUUGCACAACGCGUCUCAUCACACACGCACUGCUCCUCCUCAUACAGGCUCCCUGCCCACCAGCUUCCCGGGUCCCUCAAAACAUAGUUUCUAAAAAGGAAGAUCUCUGAGUGUGCUGCUAAGGAAUUAGGAACCCUGAGCCUUCUGUUGCCAUGGCGGGGCAGUGU